CAUUUGUGUAAAAGUUGUCAAAAUAAAAUGUAUAUUGUAUAAAUAAGUGUUCAUCUAUAAAAUUAAUUCGUUCUUCGUCUAAAAAAAUAGUUAACUGAUAUUGGGAAGAAAUGUCACUGGAAAGCGAAGAUUCUGUAACAAAUACUCGCGCGGAACAACAGACUGAAAAUGAUUUCUACGGAAAGGCACAGAAAUACUGGUCCGAAGUUCCUGCCACAGUGAACGGCAUGCUUGGUGGCUUAGGAUAUUUGAAUAGGAUAGAUAUCCAAGGUUCUAAUAUGUUCUUACGUGACUUAAAAGAUUUGGGUCGAAAUACCGCUCUAGACUGUGGUGCCGGUAUUGGACGUAUAACAAAAAAUUUAUUAAUGCCACGGUUUAAUACAACAGACAUUGUUGAACAGGAUGCCAGCUUCACAGAAAAAGCACGUGAAUAUUGUGGUGAAAGUGAUGCGCGGCUCGGUCGUCUAGGCCAGAUAUACACGAUGGGUCUACAAGAGUUUACACCCGCUGCCGGUAAAUAUGACGUGAUAUGGUGUCAAUGGGUAUUGGGACACCUUACCGAAAUUGACUUGCUAAACUUCUUCCGUCGUAUGCGUAGUGGAUUAUCAAAUAAUGGCUAUUUGAUAGUUAAAGAAAACGUCAGCUCUUCCAACAAGGUCGAAGAAGAUAAGCAGGACUCUUCGGUAACACGCCCCCUAAAAGCUUACGAGACCGUAAUAAGAAAAGGUGGAUUUCGGAUUGUUAAAACUUGGCGCCAGCCGAGCUUCCCCAAAGGUUUAUAUCCAGUUUACAUGAUAGCUUGUCGCCCUACGGAAUGACAUAUACGAGUCUAUUAAAAAAAAAAGAGGCACAAAAUUGGAUUAAUGGAAUCGUCGAAAUUAAAAUGAUAUCACCGAAGGCCCUAGUAGCCAGUGUAAUAAUUUAGUUAGGGUUAUAUUGUAUAUAUCCCCUAUAAAUAAUAAUAAAUUGUUAAAAAAAAAAUUAAAAAAAUGAAGUAGUUUUAAUUACUUUAGAAUUUAAAUUAUUUAUAGUCACCUAAAACCUUACGAAAAGGUCUCUUAUAAAAUUUU